AUGUCACCCAUCUCUUUGCAGCUCCCGCCUUCUCCUCCUUCCCAUUCCCGUCCUCCGUCUCACCCAAACAACCUCUUCCUCGACUCAGCUGCUGCCGUCCAUCUCCUCAACUCCUCCGCUGCCCAAAGAGAUCUGAGGCUUACCACCUGCCUUCAUGCUGGCCUCUUCAAGUCUGGCCUCCAUUCCAACCUCUUCGUCGCCAAUUCCCUUCUCGAUGCCUACUCCAAGUGUGGCCGUCUGGACUGCGCCACAGAGCUUUUCGACCGAAUGCCCCAAAGAGAUGUAGUCUCUUGGACCUCCUUGAUAUCCGGUCACUGCCACAAUGGAGCAGCUCAUGCCGCUGUCCGUGUCUUCUUGAAUAUGCUGUCAGAAGGAGCGGCCCCUCUUCCUAAUGAGUUCACCGUUGCGGCUGUCCUUCGGGCUUGUGCGCUGCUAAAGGAUGAGAAAUUGGGGAGGAUGAUGCAUGGUUUCCUGAUCUCUAAUGGGUUUCAUGGGGAUAACUUUGUACUCAACUCCUUGAUUGAUACUUACUCGAAGUUAGGGUAUAUAGCGAGCGCUGAGAAACUUGUUAAUGGGUUGAUCUGCAGGGAUGUGGUUUCUUGGACUGCGGUGACCUCGGGUUGUGUCCUCCAUGGGAUGUUUGAAAAGGCCUUGGUUUUGUUUAUAACGAUGUUGGAAGAUGGCAUUCGACCGAAUGAGGUGACGAUGUUGAGCGUCAUUCAGGCUUGCUCGUUGAUGAGUGAUUCGAGUUUGUUUGGUUGGGUUCAUGCUUUGGUUAUGAAAUUGGAGCUGGAUAGCAAUGGUUUGGUGGUAAAUUCUCUUGUGGAGAUGUAUGCGAAGAAUGCGUUGGUGGCCGAAGGGAUAAAGAUUUUCUUUCGAUUCUAUUUCCCAAAUGGAGAUGUCUGUUCUGAUCCUGAUGUUGUUGCUUCCCUUGUCCAUGGUUGCUCACAUUCAGAAUCCUUGGAGCGUGGGAGGGAGAUCCAUGCAUAUUUGAUUAAGAUGAAUUACUUCCCAUGCACUAUUAUUGCGAACUCCCUCAUGGGUAUGUAUGCAAAGCAUGAGCAGGCCGCGUCGGCCCAUUCGAUCUUCAGAAGAAUGGAGAACAGAGAUAUAAUAUCUUGGAAUACAGUGAUCUCAUGUUUUGUGAAGAAUGGAAGCAUUGCAGAAGCUUUGCAACAUCUCAGUGGAAUCCACGGCACAAGUGGAGGCGCGCUAGCGCCUGAUCAUGUAACAAUGUUGAGUUCAAUACAAGCAUGCUCUGAUAUAGCAUCGCUCCAACAAGGCCAGAUACUACAUGGAUACGUGAUUAGAUCAGGCUUCGAUCACGAUGUAUUUAUCUGUAAUGCUCUCAUAGACAUGUAUGCAAAAUCAGGCAGGAUAGACUUAGCAGAGCAGAUCUUCAAAGAUAUGGAUAUAAGGGAUCUUGGCUCCUGGAAUUCAAUGAUUGCAGCUUAUGGGAUCCAUGGAGAUGGUAAUUCUGCCCUCAAUGUUUUCGCUGAGCUUAAGAGCAGGGGAAGGCAUAAACCAAAUGGUCUAACAUUUGCUAGUAUUAUUUCGGCAUGUGGUCAUUCGGGAUCGACAGUGGAAGGCUUUGAGUGCUUCAAGAGCAUGCAUAGGGACUUUGGAAUUGAGCCAAGCAUGGAGCAUUAUGCUGCGGUAGUGGACCUUUUGGGGAGGUCUGGGAAGCUCGAUGAAGCAGUGGAAUUCAUUAAAACUAUGCCCAUUAAGCCUGGACCAUCAGUGUGGGGAUCCCUUUUGGGUGCUUGUGUGCUUUAUGAGAAUGUUGAGAUUGCGGAAAGAGCUGCGGAGGAGCUUUCUGUUUUGGAACCAGAUGGAAACGUCUGGAGGGUGGCAUUGUCAAAUGUAUAUGCAGUGGCUGGAAGAUGGGGAGAUGUGGUGAGGUUGAGAGCUGAGAUGAAGAGAGAGGGAUUGAGAAAGGAGGCUGGAUGGAGUUAUGUCGAGGUUGGAGGCAUGGAGAGCUUUAGGUUUGUAGUGGGGGAUACAAGACACCCACAAACUGAAAGGAUUUAUGAAGUGUGGCACAGUAUCAAGGAGCACAUGCUAGAUGCUUGUCCAAAGGCAGUUUGA